GGCGUGAGAGGAGAGGGAUAGGUUAACAACUCCACUGUUCAUGGGGAACACUUGAACGCGACCUCUCUUCCUCCCCGUCUCCCUCGCCGAUAUCCUCUCGCUCGAUCUCCGCCUCUUCUCUUCUCCUUCUCUCGGUCUCCGGCGGAGGGACACGGGAAGGGUUCGAGGCGGCUGCGUUUGCUUCGGCAUCUCCUUCUUCUCUGCGACCGGUUUCGGGGCGGGAGAGAGGUGGAGGAUCGGCGUGUAGAUCUGCGUUCUCCGCGCGAGAUUCUCGAUUCGGAUGGUGAAAAUGUUUUGGUUGCAUCUGGCGUUGGAGUGAGAUCAGGGGUGGAGAGGUUAGGUUAGGUUGGUCUUGAGGGCGAGAGAGAUGCCGGGGCCGAGAUUUUCCUCCGCCAAGUCGGAGAAGAAAAGGGAUGCUAAUAAGCAGCAGCUUCAGCAGAGGAGGGAUCCGUACGAAGUGCUUGGCGUCUCCCGUAAUGCAACGGAGCAGGAGAUCAAGAGUGCGUAUCGAAGGAUGGCUCUGAAAUAUCAUCCUGACAAAAAUGCAAAUGAUCCUACGGCAGCUGAAGUUUUCAAGGAAGUUACAUUCUCGUACAAUGUAUUGUCUGAUGCAGAUAGAAGACAUCAAUAUGACACAUCUGGUUUUGAGGCUAUUGAAUCAGAUAGUCAGGAAUUGGAGCUUGAUCUUUCAAGUCUUGGCACCGUGAACACAAUGUUUGCUGCACUUUUUAGUAAACUUGGAGUUCCAAUCAAGACAACUGUAUCUGCAACUGUAUUGGAGGAAGCACUUAAUGGCUUGGUAUCUGUCCUUCCACUUCCAUUGGGGCAGUCAAUUUCAAGAAAGGUAGAAAAACAGGCAGCUCACUUUUAUUCAGUGGAAAUAACAGAGAGGGAAGCUAGGAUGGGAGUCGUUUGUCGAGUUCAUUCAUCUGCAAAGAGCAAAUUCAAGUUGUUGUACUUUGAGCAAGAAGAAAAUGGUGGAUUAAGUCUUGCAUUACAAGAAGACAGCACCAAAACUGGAAAGGUUACUUCUGCCGGAAUGUUCUUCCUUAAUUUUCCUGUAUAUCGGUUUGAUCAAGUUAAUUCGCUAGCAUCUGCCAAAGAUCCAAAUGCUGCAUUCUUCAAGAAACUCGAUGGGUUUCAAGCUUGCGAAGUAAAUGAACUGAAAGCAGGCACCCAUGUAUUUGCCGUCUACGGUGAUAAUUUCUUUAAAAGUGUAAACUACACGCUUGAAGUUAUGUGCACAGAAGAGUUCUCAGCGGAAAAGAUAAAACUCCGUGAUGUUGAGGCAAGGAUAUUAGCAAAACGUGCCGAACUGUCUAAGUUUGAGACGGAGUAUAGAGAGGUUUUGGCACGAUUCACUGAGAUGACCAACCGAUAUACUCAGGAAAUGCAAGAAGUAAGUUCUAUACUUCAAGGCUUCAAGGAAGAUGUUGUUCAUGCCUCCUACACCACCACCCCACCUCUAAAGCGACACUCGAGUAGCCUCAAGAUGAGCAGUUCCUUCAAGGCGUCUGAAAGCGACGAAGAGUCCCAAACGAAAGAGGAAGAAAAGUCGAAGGAUCCAACACGAAAGAAAAAAUGGUUCAAACUUCACUUGAAGGUGGACAGAAGAAAGCCUUGCUGAUCGCAUCGUGUGAUCUCUAGUCGGUUCACAAUUUGCGCUAUCAUUCCGACCAUCAAUACAUCAACAAUGUUCUAAUUCUUCAAGAACUUUUCUUCCCUUAGUCAUUAAUUCGAUCGUGCAGCGCCUUUCGAGGUACUCUUCUUCCAUGGCAAUGCUAUGUGUAUAUAUAUAUAUAUUAGAUGUCAAUGUACCAUGAAUGCGUAUUUUUCUCAUAAUGAGUUUGUCAAUUCUCUUUA